AUGGAAUCUAAAAGUGAAAUUAAUUUUAUCUUAAAUAAAACCAAAGUUCCACCAGUCAUUUUCGGAGGAAUCUUUUCAACAUUUGGAGUUGAUAAAAAUAUGGAUUAUUAUUAUAACUAUAGUGAUUACCAAAAUAAAAAUAAUAAUAAUAAUGAUAGAAACUAUACAAAAAAUAAUAAAAUAAUCAAUAGUUGUCAAACUGUUCAAUGUAAUAAUUUAUCAUACUUAUUACACUAA